AUGGUGCAACUACUAGCCCUCAGCUAUGGCUGUCUCUCUCUCGCUGCGACUGCAGCAGACAAGCCCAAUGUGCCGCUCCGUUCGUCAAGUCGUUGGAUCCUCGACUCGGCCGGGAAGAGAGUCAAGUUGCGCUGUAUCAACUGGGCCGGUCACAUGGAGGCCAACAUUCCCGAGGGCCUGAACAAGAAGCCCAUCGAGCACAUCGCCGACUGGAUCACCAAACAGGGCUACAACUGCGUUCGCCUGACCUACUCCAUCGACAUGGCUCUCAACCCGGCCCUCAAAGUGCAAGACUCAUUUCGCGCGGCAGCUACAGCAACAGGAAUCGCGGAAGCCGACAUGAUGCGCGUCUAUACGACGGCCGUCGAGAAAAACCCCUUCCUAUCCGGCGCCACUGUUCUCGAAGUCUUUGACAGAGUGCAAUCUGCUCUCUGGAACCGUGGCGUCAUGACAAUCCUCGAUAACCAUGUCAGUAAAGCAAGCUGGUGCUGUGACUUGUCCGACGGGAACGGGUGGUGGGACGACGCAAAGUACUACGCGGCAGCCACGAGCCGAUACUUUGACACGCAGAAAUGGCUCGACGGCCUCAAAGCCAUGGCUCGAUGGAGUGCUUCGCGUUCCGGCAUUGUUGGCAUGUCUUUGCGCAACGAGCUGCGCGCACACGUCACCCAGAUUCCCUGGGCGCCCAGCACCUGGCUCGAGUACAUGCCUCGCGCGGGAGACGUCGUGCACGCCGAAAAUCCUCGACUCCUCGUCAUUGUCGGCGGCAUCAACGGCGGGACGGACCUCUCCCCGCUCCGCAACGACGCCAUGAAGCUCGGGAACUGGGCUGACAAGCUUGUCUGGGAAGCCCACGCGUACAGCUUCACCGUCGUAACACCCAGUCUCGGAAGCUGCGACAUUCGCAAGGCCGAAUAUGGCGGCUUGUUUGGAUUCGUGCUCGAGCAGGACAAGCCUAGCACCGGCCCCUUGUUCCUUUCUGAGUUCGGUGUCGGCAUGACUGGUGGACCGCACGACGGUCUCAGUGACGAGGACAACGACUAUCUCACGUGUCUGGUAGGGUACAUGGAGAGCAAUGACGCAGACUGGGCUCACUGGGCUGUCCAGGGGUCGUAUUACGUCCGUGGCAAGACUGUCGACUACAACGAGACAUGGGGUGCACUGGACUACGAGUGGUCGGACUGGAGAAACCCCAAGUUCAAGGGCAUGCUGGGCAACAUGUUUGCCGUUACUCAAGGACCGUAA